GUUACUUUUUCUUUCGUUUCUUUUUCGCGCCGUUCACCAAUCGCGACGCCCGUUCGCUGUCGGCGUUUCCGCUUCGACCACAGAAAUCCGUCGCGAACGAAUUUCCGUCUCACGUUUUCGCCCGGUCGCGCAGCUUCCUGAUCGAGGUUCGGUCAGCUUCGAGUUCCGAGCGAAUUUCACGCUCGAGAUCGCACCCUCGUUUCCGCGCGUCGUUCGCAGCUUGCUCGAACGUCGGAGAGAAUUUCCGCGAUCGAGCACAACGGCGUUUCGGUAGCGAUCGCGAAGAAAGGCAUCGUCCGAUGCGAACCUCGCGAGGUUAAUAGAGCGAUCGGUAACGAGGUUAUAAAGCAAUCUGCAUAACCCUGCCCGGUACUUUGCCCGAGCUGCAGGCUCGUCCUGUACCGCUACGAGCGGUCUCGUAAUUACCGGGUAUAAUGCGAUUACCCGAUCGCCAGACACGGUAACCGAGAAGCUUGCUUCUCCUUCGAACCUCUCUCUGCUUUCUCCGCUCCCUUCCUCUCUCUUUCUUACCGAGUCUCCCUUUUUUGCCCUUCCUCUACGUCGUCCCUAGCCUACUUCUCUUCUUCCCUUCGUAUCUUUCCGCUUUUACGCGACGCAACUCUUUUCUAUAGCUUCGUGAAACGAGACACGUCGAACAGACGGUUCUCUGAUUACGUCUUCGCGAGAGCCGAUCUCCCCGUAAAUUCGUUUUCAUCAAGAGACGACGCCGUCUCGUAAUUUUAUUUCGUCUCCCUGUUUGCGUUCGAUCGCCCGUCCGUUCCGUCUUUCUCUCCUCCGAUUCGCAGCUAGCAACGCGUCGAUUCCCCGAGGAAUAACGUUCGGCUACCGAUCGCAGCGAACAUCGCAUAAACCGACUCGGACACGAUUUAAGCUCGUUAUUCCGGCUUAACGAUCAUUUGCCUCGCCAACGGCUUAGUCUGUUGCGCCAUCCUAAGCAGUAUCUUUUUGCACGAGUAAACAUUCUCGCGAGCCACUUGCGUCAACGUCGCUCAUUAUUUUCGUCGACGGAAGGUCGGUACGUCGCUUCGAUCUUUUCGAAAAGAACUCGUCUCGACGCGAGGAAUCUGUCGCUACGAAUCGAUCGCUAACGUCUAACCGUUUCCUUUCCACGGUCGGCCAACUUGUUGACGCGCGAAGCAACAGUUUGCCUUUUAAUCGCGUCUCUCCUGCGGUGUUCUUUCUUUCCACGUUCCUCUCGCUCGCACGUUCGACUCGAGGAUUAGAAGCGAACCGAACCGAAACAUCGUAACGAAAGACGUAUCAGUAAGGUCGAGCAAGUUUCGAGAGACGCGUAAUUGUUGCCGAGCGAAAUCUAGUUAGCGAUCCACUUUGAGGAAAGUCGGGCGCACUCGCGAGAUUGGUCGCGAUUAUUAGCGUCGAUUCGCGAGCGACCCCGUCGCCUUCGAGUCGAGUUCGCGUCAAAGUUGUCCAAAAGAUCGUCGAACGGAAGAAGAAGAAGAGGAAGGGGAAGAGUCGCGAAUCCGCGUAGCUCGAGGAUGAGUAGCGGAGAAUGGAGCGGUUGGUUGCAACGAUGUCGGGAAUCGCGAAAACUGAUUCUCGUGAUCGUCGCGAUCGCCCUGCUCUUGGACAAUAUGCUCCUGACCACGGUCGUGCCCAUCAUACCGGAAUUCCUCUACGACAUCAAGCAUCCUAACGCCACGUUGAGCCAACAUCUGGAAGGAGAUGGACGAACGACGGUGGGAAUCGCUCAGACUACAGGCACCACGAUCACGACCGUGUCCUCUGCAUCCGGUCGAAUCAACAUGACAAAAUGCGAGGACAUUAACGGCAGAUUGAACGAGUCCCAAGUGGAGUUCCUUCACGCGACCACUUUUCCUAGCAUCGAUGCAACGACGAUCGGAAACAAUGGAGGAACGGGCUUGUCGGAGAAGGAAGAAAAGGAGCAGAGACACCGCGAAUUGCUGGAAGAGACGGUGGCCGUCGGCAUAAUGUUCGCGUCGAAAGCUUUCGUUCAGCUGUUGGCCAACCCGAUCGUCGGUCCGCUCACUCACAAAAUCGGGUAUAGCAUACCAAUGUUCACCGGAUUCGUCAUCAUGUUUCUUUCCACGCUGAUAUUCGCGUUCGGACGAAGCUACGGUAUCCUUUUCUUAGCGAGGGCGUUGCAAGGAAUCGGAUCCUCGUGCUCGAGCGUGUCAGGUAUGGGUAUGUUGGCCGAGAGGUUCCAAGACGACAAGGAGCGCGGAAACGCGAUGGGCAUCGCGCUGGGAGGCUUAGCCCUCGGGGUUCUAAUCGGCCCACCGUUCGGUGGUGUCAUGUACGAAUUCGUCGGGAAAUCUGCUCCGUUCUUGGUUCUUUCCGCUUUGGCUCUUGGCGAUGGAAUUUUGCAGCUUCUGGUGCUUCAGCCGUCCGUCGUGUACACAGAAACGGAACCUCCGUCUUUGAAGAGUCUGAUCACCGAUCCCUACAUCGUGCUAGCUGCCGGCGCCAUCACGUUCGCCAACAUGGGUAUCGCUAUGCUGGAGCCUAGUCUUCCGAUUUGGAUGAUGGACACGAUGGGUGCGAGCAGAUGGAAGCAAGGAGCCACGUUCUUACCGGCGAGCAUCAGUUACUUGAUCGGUACUAAUCUCUUCGGGCCGCUGGGACACAGGAUGGGCAGGUGGUUAGCUUCUCUGAUCGGACUGGUCGUCAUUGGCAUUUGCUUGAUGUGCAUCCCGUUAGCUAGAAGCAUCGAUCAUCUGAUUGUACCGAACGCAGGCUUGGGAUUCGCGAUCGGCAUGGUGGACAGUUCAAUGAUGCCUGAACUGGGAUAUUUGAUGGACAUUAGACACAGCGCCGUGUAUGGAAGCGUUUACGCUAUCGGAGACGUUGCGUUCUGUUUAGGUUUCGCCGUGGGACCCGCACUCAGCGGCACGUUGGUCAACAGUAUCGGUUUCGAGUGGAUGUUAUUCGGCAUCGCAAUUUUGAACUUCCUCUACGCUCCGCUGUUAUACUUUUUGAGAGCACCGCCGACCAAGGAGGAGAAGAAGUCGUUGAUCAUCGGCGAGAAAUCGUCUGUGCGCUACGUAACGUACCAGAACGAAGAGGAGGAGCAAUAAUGGCACUGUUUCUUAACCCGAUCGAUCUUUUCUUUUCCUCCGUUAUCGAAAGUAUCGAGACGCAGCAGCAACCAGUCGAAUAUGAUACGCGAAACGUUAUUAUUUCCUUUCUAAUCUAACGUUGAUUGUACAUAAUCGUAGAGUAAAUCGUAAGAAUAAGUGUGUGCGUUCGAGAAAAUCGUACGCGUGGACAGCGCGUCACCAAACGAAUAUAUUUACGUCGAAUGAUCGAGGCACCGACGAA